AUGAAAGAAAAAUCUAAAUUUCCCGAGUUUACGUUCAGCGUUGCCGAUGUUUCAUGUCAAGUCACGGAUGAUGAUACCACGGUCGCGAAUUUUAGCGUCGAAGAUGAAUUUGACACCGCACAAACAAUUAUUCAUGUUGCGAGCGAUACGAUUAAGCUUUUCUUUCCAUGGGUCGAGGGACUGACAAGAUUGUUGGAUGAAGCUACUAACGCAUACGAAAAUGCAAAGUACAAUAAAGCUACAUGUGUGUUGUUAUACGAUCGUAUCGAGAAUGGAGUGUUCGCCCUUCGAAAACUUUACCGUCACAGAGAAGAUAACGAGAAGGAUUUUCGUAGCAAAAGUUUCUAUCGGUCGUUUAUUAAAUUCAUUAACAUCAUGAACAGGAUCAAAGAUUUUAUAAAAGAAAUCUCCGAGUUAAAUAGUUGCAUGCAAUACAUCAAGUCUAAUACCAUUAAGAAAAAGUUGGACAGUUUGAUUAAAGAAUAUGAAUCUUCAAGCACAGAUUUGCAUUUGGCCAUAACCGUUUACAGCGCCGAGCAAACUGAAAAGGAGUUGAAUGCCAUGCACAAAGAUAUCGAGCACACCAAAAAG